AUGACACCCACUCGACGCACGAAGGGUUCGUCGGGUGAGUCUGCGUCGGCCGCCGACCAGGUCGAGAUCGCGCAGAGCGCGCCGGAACAGGGAAUCGCGACCAUACCAGGUAGCUCUUCUGCUGCUCAAGAGAGCCCGCGCAAGAAACAAAGAACAGGUAUCUCAAUGAACCAAAAACAGGCGCUCAUUGACAACCUCCAACUCGAGAUCAGCGAACGCGCCCGGAAACUUCGCGCGCAGUACAACCUCCAGGCACAGGGCCUUCGGACAAGAAUCGAGAUUCGCGUCAAUCGCAUUCCCAUGGCGUUGAGGAAAUCAAAGAUGGGAGACCUUGCAGACAAACAUCAGAACGAGCUAGAGCAGCCCAAGAAGAGGACUCGUGCUCAACCGCCUCAAGGGGAGUCGACAAAGGCGUCUAGGGUGCUCUCCCCGGCAUCAUCAAAUAUUCGCACACUUCCUCGCACUACGCCUGGUGGUAAGGCGGCCAUGACGCGGCCUGGCCUCAACACUGUGGCUGGCGCGUCCUCGCCUGUCAAGCAGCACAGCUCUUCCAACCUCUUUAGCAACCUCGCAGAGAAGGCCCGGUCAACACGCACAGCUGCCGCGGGGCGGAAGCAGACUGCGUCUACCUCCACUACUGCGAGUUCAGCUGGUGGAUCGGCAAGAGGGAGGAAAGCGGCACAAGGAGCCGGUGCGACCACGAGUGCGACGGCGUCCAAGACUGCGCGGAGAGUUAGUGGCAUCAGCGAGUCUAGUGAGAGCAGCACAUCGACGGUUGUCAAGAAGGGUUCGGCACGGGCCGCUCAGGAUGCGACGAAGGACACAGCGCCCGCACCGUCAACGAAGAGAACGGUUAUGGGCACGAUUAGGAGAGGCAUGACUGGUACAGGAGCGACCAAGAAGGCGGCAGCUGCAAAGUCAACGAAGACGCCUGCUUCCGCAGCCACUGGUAGAGUUCUAAGGAAUAGAAGUUGA